GCACUGAGCCCCCUGUUUUCCCCCAGCCACCUGCCCAAGAUCUACCAGGCCCUGCUGGUGUCGGCCACGUUCAACCCCGAGCUGGAGGCGCUGCAGGAGCUUGUGCUGCACAACCCCGUGUUGGUGCUGCCCCCGGAGCCGCGGCUGCCGGGCCAUUCCCAGCUGCAGCAGUUCCAGGUGCGCUGUGGGACGGAGGAGGACAAGUUCCUGGUGCUCGUGGCGCUGCUGCAGCUGCGGCUGCUGCGGGGCCGGGCCCUGCUCUUCGUGGGCAGCCUGGCCAGGGCCUUCCGCCUCAAGCUCUUCCUCGAGCAGUUCGGGAUCCCCGCCUGCACCCUCAACUCCGAGCUGCCCGCGGCCUCCCGGUGCCACGUCAUCGCCCAGUUCAACCGUGGCCUCUACGACUUCAUCGUGGCCACCGACGAGGAGGGGCCUGUGGAGACCCCCCAGCGCCAGGCACGGAAAGGGGGGACCCCGGGGAAGGGGAAGGGGAAGGCCAAGGACAAGGGGAAGGCCAAGGCCCAGGACCCUGAGUAUGGGGUCGCGCGGGGCAUCGACUUCCAGAACGUCUCGGCCGUCAUCAACUUCGACGUCCCCCCCACGGUCGAGUCCUACAUCCACCGUGUGGGCAGGACAGCCCGCGGUGACAACCCUGGCACGGCGCUGACCCUGGCGCUGCCCGAGGAGCACGAGGGGCUCACCCGCAUCGAGGACGCGCUGGCAGGAGAGAACGGGCAGUCCAUGCUCCAGCCCUACAAGUUCUGCAUGGAGGAGAUCGAGUCGCUGCGCUACCGCUGCCGGGAUGCCAUGCGCUCGGUGACCAAGCAGGCGGUGAAGGAGGCGCGGCUGCGCGAGAUCAGGGACGAGCUGCUCAACUCCGAGAAGCUCAAGGCCUAUUUCGAGGACAACCCCCGGGACCUGCACGUGCUGCGCCACGACAAACCCCUGCACCCGGCCAUCGUGAAACCUCACCUGAGGAACGUGCCAGACUACCUGGUGCCCCCCAGCCUCCGGGGCAUUGCCAGGCCUGGCCCCAGGAAACGAAAGGGCCCCCGAGUGCUCCGAGGGCCCAGUGCCCGCAAGGGAAAACCUGCU